AUGAAAAAUGUAUUAGAUGGCCUAGAUAUGAUACUUAAAGCAGUUGACUUAGGUGAUUCCUCCACGAUGAACACAGUUGCAAUGGAAUAUGUUGCUUUACUUAAUGCGGAACUUGAAAAUUUAUUAAAUUACAAGCAAAAAUGCGGCAGUUCAUCAGAAGGACUAAUUAUUAAAUACAUAAAGGCGAUAAGCAAACUAAUCAAUUACAAAAUAUCUUCCAAUUCUAUAGAUUCUGGUUUUGAUUUCCGAAUUCUUUUUGAUUUGUUUCCAAAAACGCUUAUAAGUCAAUCCAACAACUACACUGAUAAACUAUGGAAGGCUUACGUUGACUUAUUUUCAUUACUUUUCCAUAUUCCCGUUAUAAAUCACAAUCAAUUCGAAAUUCCCAUUUCAAACAUUUUUCAUUACGGUGCUCCUACCCAAGGGAACUUAUAUGUCAAUUUUUUUAUUCGAAGAUUUGAAGUAAUUCUUAAUGCAAUCUUUGAAAAUUAUCCAACGACAAUUACGCUUUGGCUGAACUUCCUUUCGCAGACAGUAUUUUAUAAAUUCUUCAAUUAUUACAACGGAAACGUAAAUUCCUCUCAAUUAUUACUUGAUCAACCAUUACCUUCGAAAUUUUACGAUUCUAUCCUUGAUUUGAUGCAAUCAAGGCAAUUCAUUGACUUUUAUGAGAUAUUUAACCAUGAAAAUACAUUUCCAACCCAUUUCCUUUUCCUUUUACACUUAAUUAUCAAAAUUGAAGACGAAAAUCACAAAAAAUACCCGAAACAAGUCGAUAUACUAGCCAAGAAAUGGACAAAUUUAGACACAGUGUACAAACAAGAGGUCCUACGCUUGUUUAAGAACAAUUGUCCACAAGAAAUGAUUAAUCUCUUGAUUUUAUUAUCGAGAAAGACAGUUUUAAGUCUCCAACCAUUAGUAAGGAACUAUACAGAUGGAAAUUCAUUAAUAGAAAGAGAAAAAUUCCCAGUUUAUCAGUCAAUUAUGUCAGAAUUUCAAAAUAAUUACUUGUUCAUCAUAGAUAGGCAUCCAUCAUUCCAACAAUGUGAUCUAAAUUGCAUUGUGAAGGAUUUCUUCACUACAAUUCCAAUAAUUGGCUUGGUAUUUUAUUUUAAUAUUUUAUUUAACUUCAAAGUUGAAAAUGCAGAUAUGUUUUCACUUCCCAAAGAGUGUAUGAACUCAAUCCCACCAGCUGUUUCUAUCCUUGCCUCUCAAGUUUUCAUGUCUAUCGUUGGAUGCUGUUUUUCACCGAUUUUGUUUGAUUUCUCUAUUGAUCCAGUCACUAGUUAUGUUAACAAAGUGAAUGGGAAGGUCUCCAGAGGCAAGGCUGCACCACAAAACUUUUUGCCAGAUAUGGAAAAAAUUUUCACCGACAAUUUCGUAUUUUCAAUGAAGUUAUUGUCGAUUUACAACAAGGAAAUGCUGAAACCAGUGCUAGAUUUUGCAGGUCUCAAUAGAAUUCUUUUUUCUCCACUUGUUAUCAUAGGUUGGACGUAUGAUAAAGCACUGAAAUGGAUCAAGAACUUCAUAAACUUCCAGCCGCAAUCAAUAGAAACAUUUCUGACCAUUUUAAACGAAAUUCAGAAAAUUAUUCCAAUUUAUUUACAGAAAAACCACAAUUUUGUGUUCCAAAACUUUUUCCCGCAGAUCAUAUACUACCUGGAUAAAUAUAGUCCCAGUUCAAUGAUUUUUGACGCGAUUUCGAACUUUGCAAAAUUAGAUGGCGUUGCAUCAUCGACAAUCGCUGAUCCCAUGAUCGCGCAUAGCUGGAUAAGUGUUCUCUGCAAGUUCCUCUGCAGCACGGACAAUAAUACUGUUUCUGUGGCGUUUAGAUCCGCAAUUCAGUCAAUUAUUAAGUUUCUUCCGCAAUCGAUGAUAUUAAUCACAUUAAUAUUACAUAUAUUAGUUAAACGUGUUGAUAUCAUCUCAUUUGAAGAAAUAGAACAGUAUAUUUUGAAUUCUUACGUUAUUUGCGGAUAUUAUUUGCCAAAAGUGGACAAAAUAUUUGAUCUUGAGGCUGUAAGUAAGAAUUGGCCAAAGAAUAGUUAUAAACCAAAGCUUGUUAGAGAUUCAAUCAACGAUUUCGAAAAUCAAAGUUUUUCUAUCCAGAAAACUUUGAUUUCCCAACUCGGAAAUUCUUUUAAAGCGAAGUCUUUCAACUCUACAGCUUCCGUUUACGUCCAGGAAGCAAUUGAACCGGGUUCUCCUUUAUUAGAUUUUAUAAUGAGGUCGUUUGAGAUUUAUUUCACUUCAAAUGACUCAAAGAUAGAUAUAAGACUAUUAUCUUUGCUGUCGUCCCAAUAUAUUGGCAAGAAUUCGCCGAAUUCCCAUUUCAUCAGAAAAUUUUGCAAAUAUAUGCUUGACGAGUUUGAAUCAACAGAUGAUCCAAGGGAUAGAUGGCUCCUCUUCCUUGCUUUAAGCCAUUUGGUCAAAUUAGGAGUUAUUGAUAUCAAAAAGUUGACGAAAAAGCUUCAUUCCUUGCAUGUACAUGAUAACAAGUCCUUACAAACGAUGGUAGAAGCUUUUCCAUUCAUUUUCGAUAAGAAACCGUAUUAUUCAGAUCGCCAAGAGCCAACAGACGUGAUAUUAUCAAUAGACAACUCAAAACUCUUUCAAGUAUCCGUAAUCGAUGAAGAAACCCAUAUAUUGGACUCAAGAACGGUCAACUUUGUAGAUUCAAGGAAGAUCACAAAUAUUUCAAAGAAACCGGUAAUUUCUCAGAAUAAUAUUUCACUUCCAGAAGAAGAAAAUGAUUCUAUAGAUGAGAUCGAAAACGAAGAUCAUAAUGUAUUUCGGACUUAUUUCUUCGAAAAGUUCAAUUGCCAAGAAACAUCACCAACAAAUUUCGAAAUUUUCUCAUCGUCGAGGAAAGAAAGUACCGAAUUCAAUCUUGACGUCCGUCCUCCGAUCAACCUUGUCUCAGUCCAAUCACCGGAAACUUCAAGAUUUAGUGAAAUAAUUUCAAAAGUUCCUUCUUUCUCGCCGAUCUACUGGUCGCUGUACAAAUUCGCUAAUAUGCGUGUUUUCGAUUGCACUCCAUCAAGUCUUCGUGAAACCAAAGCGAUAUUCCAAAGCGGAACACGCGAAGAGAUCAAAAUCGGCGUUUUGUAUGUUAAAGAUGGCCAAUUUACACAGAACGAGAUCCUUGCGAACAAACACCAAGACGCAUCUCUUAGUUACGACAAAUUUGUUCGCAGCCUCGGAACUCCUGUUUCUCUGAAAGACCAUUUAUAUUUCAAUGCGAAACUUGACCAAUCUGUUUCUCCUUUUUCUAUCUUUUAUUCAGAUGACGAAUACGAUGUCAUGUUCCACGUUUCUACAUUGAUGAAGACAUCCGAUGACGACCCACAACAGCUUGCAAAGAAGCGCCACAUUGGAAACGACAAUGUCCACAUUGUUUGGUGUGAAAACAAGUCGGGAUAUGAUCCAGACACUAUUUUGAGUAAUUUUAACGAUGCACACAUCAUUGUUUAUCCAUUUAAUGAUGAUUUGUAUCAUGUUGUUGUUCACAAGAAGAACAAGAACUUGGAAUUUGGUCCUUUACCAUCAGGAGUUUUAGUUAAGAGUCGGGCACUAGCUCCUUUAGUAAGAAUGACAGCAAUCAACGCAGAUCGAGUUGUUAGAAAAGAUUUGGACCAAAUGCCAGAUAAAAGAUUCGCUUCACUCAUGAAACCUCUAUGUGGAUGA